AUGGCAGUCGACUUAGACCAUGGCUAUCGGGGUUUCACUGGAACCGAAAUUGACUUGGCAGAAGACGAGCUUGACGAUGAUAUCUAUCGAAACUACCACUUCCAGCACCCAGACCCAACGUGGGCUGAGCGUUUAGAGGAGGCAGGUGAGGUAAUAAAAACCCAACGAGACUUCACAAACCAUAACCAGGUUGAUGAAUUUUUCCGUCGAUUUGGGAAUGUCACCAGUCAAUGCAACGAUCACACAGGCAACAUCCUCCACGUACUUGUUGAAGUAGUCCGACACAAUGGCCUAGUACCAGAGAACGUGGAACUACUUGUUAGGAGAUUGGUGGAACAGGCGCCAGAUCUUAUUGCAGUCCCCAACAAGGACAAGAAAACUCCUAUCUUGAUGGCCAUCAGGUGGUGCCAAGACCGUCUACUGGAGUACAUGAUAUCUACUUGCGUCAAUCACAAGAAUCAGCCGAAUGGGAUCAACUGCCUGAACAAUGCCUUGUGUUAUGCCCAUGACGGGAAGGAAACGGCACUUCAUGCUGCAUUUGGUGAGAAGCUCAACUGGAAAUCGUUGAAGAUGUUGAUGGAACACGCCACCAACGAAACUCUUAGUAUCGGAGAUAACAUGAAAAGGACUCCGAUGCACCACGCAGUCCAAUUUCAAAAGUGCAAUCAGCAAAGAGCAGCGCUCAUUGAUUUGCUGAUUCAAAAGGACUCCGCUGAGAGAUUAUACAAGCCCAAGUCAGCAACAACCUUUCUUGAUAUGUGCGACAAAAAUGACUGCUCAGUAUUUCAAGAGCAUGAGAACACGAGAAGGAGUUGGGAACAGCAGAUGAGCCGGCCAAGGCCUCUUCCAAAGCCGGCCUCAGAUCCUACCGAGGUACCGAGAACAGGGGACAGGCUACUUCCCAGGGAUAUAAAGUCACAGGCCAAUGGCAGGGAAUUAAAGACCGAUGCACCCACCAAAGUAUCGGGAGAUCGUGAUGGAGAGAAACCCAUUCGGAAAGGCCAAGCAUUAACUGCUACUGAAGAACGCGAGCUACUGAGGCAGAAGAAGAAAGAAGAGGAGCAGGCCAGACUCAAAAGAGAUGAAUUGCCUGUCAAAGACUACAAGCCAAUUAUUAACGACGAAUACGCUCAUAGACAAUCAAGUCCACACCGGCCGGGGAAAAAACCUGAUAUGGACAAAUCAAUACACUUGACGCUUAUUGAUCCUUUUCGCCAAACCGAAACGACUCCAAAUACUGGAAUCAGACGGACCAAUACAGGUCGUGAUAAGGUAGGAGAGUCUGACAGCAAGGCCAAGGAGGCCAAUCAGAUGGCGGCAGCAGCACAGAAAGAACAGAAGAUUCGAAACCAUAUUAACAACUCCAAUAAAAUCCUUCAGAAGCUUAAGCUUUAUUAUAUGAGGACACGAACCCCUGAGAUGGUCAUGUUCUUUCUAUAUGGCAAUAACGCGAAUGACAUCCAAACAGGCUUUGAUUAUCGUGGUUCACCACCCCAGAUAUCUUGGAAUGACUUCAAGAAGAGAUUUGGCUCAGGCCAGGCGCGAGGUUACAAGUUCGAUCCUGUCCUACAAUACGCAAUAUUCCCUUACGUAAACGUCAUCGCAAAGCCCAGUCCAUCAGACAAGGCAGCAUCUGAGAACGCGUCUAACAGAUCACCAUCUGGCCGUAAAGACAUCAAAUUCUUUCUUGACUGGCUUUAUGAAAAGGGCGUGUGUCACAUCAUCAAGCUGUCAGUGGAAGAACCAAUCGAUGGGAGCCAGGGAGUUCACGGCGAUCAGACUAUUCAAGAGGCCUUGGGGAGAUUUGUCAUUGAGCACCUUGAUUGGAAGAAGACAGAUUUGGACCCGGAGACGAUAUUGCACGUUGGCAGUCAGAUAGAAAAACCGUAUUCUGAAAGCCCGAACGACAUCGACCCGGUCGUAGAAUCACAGAUGAGAAAACUAACUCUUAUAUGGAGUGGCAGCAACGCUGUCCUAAGAGCUUGGAGUGAUGAAGAUGCUUUGCCGAAGAUGCGAUUUCUUCAAGAAGUUGAGAUUAUUCGACCGCUACCCCAUAUGAUUUGUGACAGCAAGGACUGGAUCGACAAUAGGAUUAGAGAUUUUGAGGGCAGGCUCAACAAGAACCGGAAUCCGCUUCCAGAAGACUUGCCUUCUUUUAGUCGCGACGUGCCCUUUGAUGACCCUCCUUCAGGGUAUAUCCGAGUAAAGUUGGUCGAUCCAACCACUGGCACCAAGCAAGGAGUAACGCCUCAUGGCGUGCACCCUACCACUUUCCCUGCCACGGACAAAGGCAUCAAUGCUCAUCAGUGGCUGAGAUCAGUUGACGAAUUUGCAUAUGUUAUGGCACCAUUCUGGAAGAGUAUGGUCGACAGAUUUCUGGAUAUGAACCAGAAAUUAGGAACAGCUGAACAGGUGGAGAAGCCCGUGACCAUAGCGUUGAUUGAUGACGGUGUGAACAAAUUUGAGAUUGACCAACCGAACCAAAUUCUCGAAGGAAAAAGCUUCGACUUUCAUGAUGAGACAGUUAGGCCACCGUACCUAUCUUCAUCUAGCCACGGCACAACAAUGGCUCGUAUGAUACUACGUGUUUGCCCAAUGGUUGAGAUAUAUCCUAUACGCCUCAAGACAUUCAAAAAUCCCAAUGGGAACUUUAGUAUUCAUGCCGACUAUGCAGCUCGUGCAAUCCAGGCAGCCAUGGAUAAGAAAGCAGAUAUCAUUUCCAUGUCGUGGACCUUGCCAAUGGAAGAUAGUCAAAACACCGACAACCCUGUCCGCAACGUGCUGCAACAAGCUAUCAACAGGAACGUCUUGAUGUUUUGUUCUGCGCCAGACCAAGGGAAGUUUACAUUGUCUGACUAUCCAAGUGCUCCAUUUCCUAAAGAGUUCUUCCGCAUCGGCGCAGCAAAUGCCGACGGUACUGUGUUCGGCUGGACACCUGAAGACAUCACCUUCAUCUUACCAGGCGUACAUGUGGUUGAGGAUCAAAUAAGAAGAAAAUCGUCCAUGUCAGUCCAAGAGAAGGGGACCGCAGACCAUACGGGCUCCAGCGUUGCCACGGCUCUUGGAGCUGGUCUCGCUGCCAUGAUACUCUACUGUCUCAAGGCUAGCAUUCUCGGGAUAAGGAUAACGAACCGCAACAGUGAUGCCAUCCCUGCCAUUCCUGCUGAACGUUUGAACCAGAUUAAGCGACGAGAUGCUAUGAAAGGGGCAUUUGAGGGCUUGGGUUCCCUGACUCCGAAUAAGUUUAUACAGAUUUGGGAAGGGCUUGGUAAAGUGACCGAGAUCUUGAGGAACUGGCAAAGGGUGGAGUCUAACACAGACGCAAGCUUGAAGUUCAUGAAGGAGUUUAUAGAGGAGUUUGGGGUCAAGCUUGCUAAUUCAGUGAAAUAG